CUGUAAUGCCUUCCAAUGUCCGAUGGAGUAGCCGAGCAAGUAAAGAAGUUUCUUUUCAAGUCAAGAAGUAACAGGCCCGGAGAAAACGACAUAGAAUCUUUAGAAGUGUUUAUUCCAGAGCAACUGCAAGCAAGUUACAGUUUCUACACGUGGCCUUCAGCUCCAGUUCUAGCUUGGUUUCUCUGGGAACACCGACGUGAACUGCCGGGAAAACAUAUAGUGGAACUUGGUUCAGGAACAGCCCUGCCAGGCAUUGUAGCUGCAAAGUGUGGAGCUGCUGUGACGUUAACCGAUUGUGCGAGUCUUCCGAAGAGCCUCCAGCACGUGCAACGGUGCUGUGAAGUGAAUGGCCUUCUUCCUAGUCAAGUUCGCGUGCUUGGACUUACUUGGGGAUUAUUUCUAGGAAAUAUCUUUACGUUGGGUCCAAUCGAUCUUAUUAUAGGAUCAGACUGCUUUUAUGAACCAUCUCUCUUCGAAGAUAUUAUUGUUACAGUUGCGUUUUUGUUAGAAAAAAAUCCUCAGGCAAAGUUCCUUUGUACCUAUCAGGAAAGGAGUGCUGAUUGGUCAAUUGAACAUUUGCUUCAUAAGUGGCAACUAAGGUGUGAACAUAUUCCUCUCAAUAAUUUGGGAGCUGAAUCAGGGAUAGACAUUAAUGAGUUAAUGGAUGAUCAUACAAUCCAUCUUUUAGAAAUAACACGUGUUUAAUUCUACGACCUGACUCUUGGGCAAGAUUUUUUCGCAUAUAAGUAAUGGCUGCAAGGGCAAUUAAUAAGCUUUUU